UCGUCUACAAGAGACAGAAAGGCCAUCCGCCGUGUUGGCCAUUCAUACCGCAUACAUCAUGAUAGUAGUGGCUGAGCGCAACAGUUCAUUUGACAGGCUCGAGGAUGGCAGACCGGGGCAGACCUCAACAAUUUGCACAUGGAAGAAGCUUACUUACAUCAAGGUCGACUCGAGAGACAAACUUGGAGAGACGACAUAGACGCUCUAUCAAAUUGGGCAAGUGUCAAAGAAUACCACCGGUUGCCACUGGCCCUAGAACAAAGGGUUGGCCAAUGGUCGCGACAAUGCCUUUAUUUUCCAGACAAAAGGUCAAUGCGUCGGAUGUUGAAUAUCAGAUAAAAGGCCACUCGUCCGCCGUCCUCCUUUCCUCUGCAAUUUCCCAAACAUACCUUCAAGCAGCCUCAAUCCCCUUCAUCGAUUCUCUGCAAGCAACUUCGCGCACGCUCUUACAAUGUCUCCAUCUGCUCUGUUCAAAGCUCCGGUAUACAUCCCUUCAGAGUAUAAUUUCUCUGGCCUCCAGUUCGACGAACUUCCUCACUUGGCCAAACACUACUUGGCAAACGAGAUAGGCAUCACGUCCCCCUCUGAUGCCACCUCCGAAGAACUGGUCAACCGAUAUAUAGAGCUUGCAUCUAAGCUCGUUCGUUGUCUAGAAGGGAACGAUAGGGCCUUGGUGGAAUUAAAGACUGACGCGCGACGAAAGAGCAUCAUUGCACCCCAUGAACCCGAGAUGACUACUUACGGUCGCGAUAUGGCGCGAGUCAAACAAGUACUCGAGGUCCUACUACCAGAGCGACAAUCUAUCUUGGAUGACUUUGUUGUCAAAUGGGACGCAUUGAUCUGGCUAGAGAUGGAAGGUUUAGACGAGAGGACCAGGUUGACUGUCGAACAGCAGAAGCAGCAUCGACAUAACACACUGAUCCCGGUGCUCGAACGAUCGCAAGAGUCUCCCGUGGAAUUAGAUGAACAUGUUCUGUUGCUGGAGAUGCGAGUACGAGACAAUCGUCAUAUUUUGCCGCCCAAGAGGAACAGUUUGCCAAAGGCCGAUACGUUUGGAAACUUCCGAUUCCCAGCCCCACUGAGCUGCGAAGCGUAGGGCUGCUCACAGUCAUUUCCGCAUUACACUUCUUUGCUACACUCUGGACAUUGCUGGAUCGGGACUUUUGACGUCAUGCUAGAUCCCGUUGCGUAUCCUGUACACGUGUAGGGCAAAGAUGAAAGGAAGCAGAAGACGGAAACAUCCUUGGCGU